AUGGAGGAUGGAGUCGGAAAGGAACCAACCAAAUCUGCCUUCAGGAAAGGGCCUGGAAGGAAAAUCAAGUUAAAAAUGUCUUGGAAUAAAAGUUCUAGUGUAGAUACAGACAGUUCUGAAUUGAUCGACGAGUUUGUUAAGGAUGUUAUUCAGAAAGCGAAACAAGAAUAUUUAUCGGAGUGUAACGGAUUUAGAUCAGACCACUCUGGAUCUAACGGCUAUCACCACUACUCAGGACGAGUGUCCCCUGAACUACCCCCUCCGGUGUCCAGUGAUGACGAAGAUGAAAAUAAUCAUCGUUCAAAUGAGAGGAUAGAUGAAGAGGACAGAUUAAACUCAAAUGUAGGUUUCGAAUGUAGCAGAGCUGUCAGCGAGGGUAUGAAGCAGUUGGAGGAUCAUACCCACAAGAAACAAGUUGGAGAAGGCACUGUUCAAAAUGAGCGAAAACCAUUAAUAGAGAAGUCUGGAACAGGAGGCCACACAUGUCUACAGCAUAUCUACGCCCUACUAUGUUGUCAGUGCAUCUGCGAGACAUAUGAAGUCACAUAA